GCAAUGCGCACGCGCUGCGCCGCCGCUGGGCCUGCCGGUUAGACAUGGAUGCUCACGAUCUGUUCCGUCGCCUCGGCGUCGGAGCUAAGUUCGAUCUGAGGCGCUUUCCGGCGGACGCGGCCCGAUUCCAGCUAGGAAAGAGGAAAUUUGACUUUGAUUCCUCAGAAGUGGUAGAGGAACUGAACUUCUUUGGAAGCAAGAAAUCUACCCCAGCUGAAAAUGGAACCUCAUUGGAUAAUACCCUAUCCAAGGGAGAGGAGAGACUACAGGAAAAAGCUGGUGGUGAGGAGGAUAACAGUAUUGAAAGGAAGCGAAAACGAAACACGAUGAAGAAAAAACAAGCUUCUGAAACUAUUUCAGUCAGUUCCAACAAGGAAGAAGAAACUAUACUGUGGAUGUCCUCACUGGAAGCCAAGAUUAAAGAUAAAAAAGGAAAAAGAGAAAAUAAACCAACUGCAGAGAAAUUGGAACAGCUCCGAAAGCUGAAGAUAAACCGUUUCCGAAAUAAACACAAAAUUCACAUCCAAGGAACCGAUCUUCCAGAACCCAUUGCUUCAUUUCAGCAACUUGACCAGGAAUAUAAGAUCCACUCUCGACUACUCCAGAACAUCUUAGAUGCAGGUUUCCAGAGCCCCACUCCAAUCCAAAUGCAAGCAAUUCCCAUCAUGCUUCAUGGUCGUGAACUGCUGGCUUCGGCUCCUACUGGAUCUGGAAAGACCCUGGCUUUUAGCAUUCCUAUUUUAAUGCAGUUGAAACAACCUACAAAUAAAGGUUUCAGAGCACUGAUCAUCUCACCCACUCGAGAACUUGCCGGUCAGACUCAUCGAGAGUUAGUAAGAAUUUCUGAGGGCACAGGAUUCAGAAUACAUAUGAUACACAAGGCAGCCAUGGCAGCCAAGAAGUUUGGGCCUAAAUCGUCUAAGAAAUUUGAUAUUCUUGUGACUACUCCAAAUCGACUAAUUUAUUUGUUAAAACAAGAUCCUCCAGGAAUAGAUCUAAAAAAUGUGGAAUGGUUGGUGGUAGAUGAAUCUGACAAAUUGUUUGAAGAUGGAAAGACUGGUUUCAGAGACCAGCUGGCUUUCAUUUUCCUAGCAUGCACAUCUCACAAAGUCAGGAGAGCUAUGUUCAGUGCAACUUUUGCACAUGAUGUGGAACAGUGGUGUAAACUGAACCUGGACAGUGUUGUUUCUGUUUCCAUUGGAGCAAGGAAUUCUGCGGCAGAGACUGUGGAACAAGAACUCCUAUUUGUUGGAUCUGAGACAGGCAAACUUCUGGCCAUGAGAGACCUUAUUAAGAAGGGUUUCCACCCACCUGUCCUUGUUUUUGUUCAGUCCAUUGAAAGAGCUAAAGAACUUUUCCAUGAACUCAUUUAUGAAGAUAUUAAUGUGGAUGUAAUUCAUGCAGAGAGAACUCAACAGCAGAGAGAUAACACAGUCCAUAGUUUCAGAGCAGGAAAAAUCUGGGUCCUCAUCUGCACAGCCUUGCUAGCAAGAGGAAUUGAUUUUAAAGGUGUGAACUUAGUAAUCAACUAUGACUUUCCAACCAGUUCAGUGGAAUAUAUCCACAGGAUAGGUCGAACUGGAAGAGCAGGACAUAAAGGAAAGGCUGUUACAUUCUUCACUGAAGACGAUAAGCCAUUAUUACGGAGUGUUGCCAAUGUGAUACAGCAGGCAGGAUGUCCUGUGCCAGAGUACAUCAGAAGUUUCCACAAGCUUCCAAGCAAACAAAAGAAGAAGAUGAUUAAGAAACCAUUGGAAAGAGAGAGCAUUAGUACAACCCCUAAGUAUUUCCUAGAAAACCCUGAAAACGAACAAAAAAUUACUCAUCAGAAUGCCAAAAAGAAGACAGCACCUACUAAAACCAAAAAUAGUAAUCAGAUGCCUUCAAAGACUAUUCCAGAAAUAUAAUUCCCUUGCCUUAAGCAUCCCAAAGUGAAGUGCUGUUUUCAUGGAACACUUUGAGUCGCCUAUCUCCUAGACUGAAAUAAAACUCCAAGAAGCCGUCAGUACCAAAAGUGAUAGGUGAUCGUGUGCUAUCACUGUUUCAUAUCAAGUUUCAACUUAGAGGUGCCUUUAGGGAUAAUACUUUGAAAGGAAAACUAUUCUUGGAAAUGUUUGUGAGUUGAAUUCACAGGGAAUACUUCUUAAAGAAGACCCUAGUGCACAGAUGGGCCAAGAAACACCCAGGUAUGGGUGAUCAUUUCAGAAAGAUUGCAGGUGGAGGGAAUGAUCACUGCUGCAUGGCACCUGAAGACAAAGUAAAACAUCAGCUGUCACUUGAGAAUUUGAGAACAUCUUGAAUAAAGCAUCAUGAAAGCCACAUGCCAUGAAGUCAGACGUAACAUGUUCAUUUAUUGUGGGGAUGCUUUUGUGAGGUGGGCACUGCAAAGUUAAACCCCUAGAAAUGAGCUGGAGCUCUUCUGUUAUGGUCUUCAUUCUAUCAGGGAAGCACCAAACUCCUCUGCCAUCGUGUUGCUAGAGUUAGAUCACUGUCAGUGGCACCUCAUUUUCCACCACUUAACCACGUCAUUGCAUCCUAUCUUUUCCUAUACUCUUUGGUUUUUGUCGAAAACUGAUCUGUGGUUUAUCCUGAUAGGAAUGAAUGCUCCUAUUACUUGAUAUCUUUUUGGUACCACUCUCCUGUGUCUGCCUCCCUAUGGGUUUUAUGCUCUCAUUUCAUCUAGUAAGCUAAUCCUUGCCAAAUGUACUACAUAGGGAAAUAGAAACUAUUCUUUGGUGCAUGUGGGCUUGGCACUUUUGUAAAUGGUGGUUUUGUACUAUGGAAUAAAAAGUCUCUUGAUCUCAAGAAUGUGACUCACAGAAA